CAAAAUCCACCACUUUUGGCUAAACUUUUUCCAAAUAUGUAAUUCUUAAAUAGGAAAUUUUACAACUCGGGAAGAAAAAGAAACUUUUAUAUAGAAUUAAAACUUUGUUAUUGGCCGCUCACAACUAUAAGUCUAUACCUUUAACGCCUUCCCAGUCUACUCGAAACCUCCUCUCUCUUUCAUUAGUUGAUGCGUUUGUAUAUAAUUGCUUACCUUUAGAUAUAUAUGAAUGACGUAAAUCUAUCCCAAAAAGAAAAAAAAACAAAGCAAAACCCAAACCUUAAAGUUGAAAAUCCCCACAAAACACAGUUCUCAGAAUUCUUAAUUAUUUUUCCUUCUUGGUUGGCGUAUAGAAAAGAAACUAAGCAUGGAUUUGCAGAGAGUUAUGGUGUUCUCGUGUUGGGUUCUGUCUCUUUUGAUCAUCGAGACGACAGGGUAUAGCGAUCAGCUGUUCCAGCCACUUGAAGCUGAAAACGCAGACGCAAUGACCACCAUGGUGAUGGAGCGAGGUUUACAGACGCGGCGGCCGGAGCACAAGAACGCAUAUGCAACGAUGAUGUACAUGGGAACUCCAAGAGACUACGAGUUUUACGUUGCGACACGUGUCUUGAUCAGAUCACUGAAAGGUUACCAUGUUAACGCUGAUAUCGUCGUUAUCGCCUCCCUCGACGUUCCUCUCAACUGGAUUCAUAACUUGGAAGAAGGGGACGGAGCUAAAGUAGUGAGAGUAGAGAAUCUUGAGAAUCCAUACCAGAAACAAACCAACUUCAAAAAUAGAUUCGAACUUAGUCUGAACAAGCUCUACGCUUGGUCUCUCUCAAACUACGACCGUGUCGUUAUGCUCGAUGCCGACAAUCUAUUCCUCAAGAACACCGACGAGCUUUUCCAAUGCGGCUCAUUUUGUGCUGUCUUCAUCAACCCUUGCAUCUUCCACACUGGCCUCUUUGUGUUGCAGCCAUCAAUGGAGGUCUUCAGAGACAUGAUUCAUGAGCUUCAAGUAAAAAGAGAUAAUCCUGAUGGAGCUGAUCAAGGCUUUCUUGUUAGUUACUUCUCUGAUUUACUUAAUCAGCCUCUGUUUCGUCCUCCUAGUAACCCCAGCACCGUGCUUACCGGACAUUUUAGGCUUCCUUUGGGAUAUCAAAUGGAUGCUUCUUAUUACUACCUUAAACUCAGAUGGAACGUACCCUGUGGACCAAACAGUGUGAUCACAUUCCCUGGAGCAGUCUGGUUAAAGCCAUGGUACUGGUGGUCAUGGCCUGUUCUUCCUUUAGGCCUGUCAUGGCACCACCAACGCCGCUACACCAUAAGUUACUCAGCGGAGAUGCCUUGGGUCCUAAUCCAAGCGGUGUUCUACCUAGGAAUCAUACUAGUCACGCGUCUAACGCGUCUCACCAUGUCCAAGCAAUGUUACCGACGUUCUGACAAGAAUCUAACCGUGAUCCAAACAGCUUUCAAGAUGGCUGUACUCCUCUUGAUCCUGUCAGCAUACAUUGUGCCAUUCUUCAUCAUCCCACAGACCAUCCACCCGCUCAUGGGUUGGUCACUCUACUUGACCGGUUCCUUUGCUCUCUCCUCCAUUCCCAUCAAUGCUUUCUUGCUUCCAGUGCUCCAUGUUUUGACACCGUGGCUUUGCAUUCUCGGGACGCUCCUUGUGAUGGCUUUUCCCUCUUAUCCUGAUGGUGUUGUCAGAGCAUUGUCGGUUUUCGGAUAUGCCUUCUGUUGUGCACCGUUUCUAUGGGUCUCCUUUGUGAAGAUCACAUCGCAUCUUCAAAUUUUGAUUGACAAAGAGGUUUUGUUUCCGCGGUCGGGUGAGUCCGGGAGCAGUUCUAGUCUCAGCAAAUUGUAUUGAUUAAUACGGUGGAUUGCUUCUGUACAUAAAGGUUAGAGAAUAUUAACAAAUACAGUGAAACCUCACUAAAUUAAUAAUGUUGGCACUACACCAAAACUAUAUUUUUUUAUUAAUUUAUAGAGAUUAUUAAUUUAUCGA